GGGUGAGGAAAAGAGAGAGAGAGAGAGAGAGAGAAGAUUUGCUUCUUUAAAAAAACGAAGUCGAGGAUGAACUUGCCCCUGGUGAGAUUAUGAAGGCGAAUGGGACGAACAAUGGUUUUUAUUAUUCAGGCUGUAGCCGUCUAAAUACACCAUUGGCAGCCACCACCACGCUGGAGGAUCCAGGGACUCCGGCCUCGUGGAAGGGGCCACCACCAGGCUCGGAGGCCUCCCCAUUUACACCAAAUUCAGUUAACCAAGGUGGCGGGCCAAACUCUGGCCCUUACAAUAGCACGGGUGGUCCACCAAGCAAUGCCGGUGGAUUCCAAGGGCCAAGCCCAUUCCCUGGUAAUGCAGGCAGUCCGGCUGGUGCUCCUCCUUACCAAGGCCCACCACCUGGUUCUGCAACGCCUCAGUACACUGCCUCCCCAGCACCGAGUGGCUCUUCCACGCCAGGACCAGGACCUCCGCCCAAUGCCGGUGGCUUUCCACCUCCUCCAAAUAACUCUGGGCCUCCGUACAACGGUCCGAGUCCCUUUGGCUCGCCAUCGGGUGGCCCCGGGCAGUUCGUCGGUAGGCCCGGAUCCUCGGGCCCGCCCUUCGUGCCGUCUGGCGGAGGGAAUCCGCACUUCCCCUCACCUGGGCAACCUUUCGGUGGGCCGCAGUACGGCAUCCCUCCCGGUAGCCCCUUCGGACCUGGCGCUCAUCCCAUGGCCGGGCCCAUGGGCCCCGGACAUCCAGCGAUAAUGGGUCCCGGUGGUCCCGUCGACAGAAUGGAUCAAGGCAAAUCAUUGCAUCGUUUUCACGUAUAGCAUUAUCAACAAUCUGUGUAUAAUGAAUCACCGUUCAGAGACGUUAAACAAGGAUCGAAGUGGGUACUUAACCAAAUAGUCCAAGUUAUUGCUUAACCAAGUCGAGGAAUAUCGAAGACCAAAACAAUUUCUAUUAAAAUUGGUCUUAAAAUACUAUUAAGCUCCUUAUAACUUAUUUAAUGUAAGAUCAUGUACGGUUUGUAAUGGUAUUUCAAUGAAAUUUUUUUUUCCUAUCACAAAAUUUUUUUGUGCAGAAAGUAAUGAAACAACGGAAGCUGCUUUAUAAUAUACAAAUUAAACUGAAUUAUUUGAAGAGUCGUAUUGGCUUAGUCGUCAUUAGCCUCGGACUCUAUAUUACAAGCUUGAACCAUCCUUGUCUUACACAAUUUACUGAAAUGUCUGCAUAUUAAAUAAAUUAUUCUGUACUGCAUGAUUGUUAUUGCUGUCAACAUACAUCAAAUUUGAACAUUACUCGAAGCUGUUGUAGAUCAGGCGUAAAUUAAAGUUUCAUAAACUGAUCUAGUCUAAGCAAGAUCUUUCUCAAGAUCAAGAUUAAAAAGAGAAACACUGAAUGUAUUAUUUUAUGUAUAAAAAGAA